CUGAAACCCAAAUUCGGUUGCGGCGAUCGCUGGACUAAACCCUAACAGACCUGCUCUGGUUGUCGCCGGAGACGACGGCCGCGCUCUCCACCGCGCCUCUCCUCUUUCGGCGACCGUGACCAUUAGGAGACGCGACGGCGGCUUCCCAUGAUUUCGGCGUGUCGUCGUCUUGCGAAGAGCGAGAGAGUCGGGUUGUUCCGUGGAGUGAUUUCUACGUGCGGGCGCUCAAGGAACCCUCUUUUCGAUCGGACAAGUUACUCCUUUAAGAGAUUUGACAAUGGAAAUUACUUGAAAGAUGGAACAUCAUAUAUGCUGAACAACAUAUGUAUUCCACAUUUUUCUUUAUCUGCAUUUUCCGACUUGUAUAGCGACAAGUCUGUGGCACCUUUGUCUCAGUGGCCAAUAACUUCUUUGGUCUAUCGAAACACAAUUAGGUGGCAAUCAGUCAGAUUUAGCAGCAGUGCACUGGUGACUCUUGAUACAGAUGGUGAUGUGGCCAGAUUUUCCAUUGGCAUACCAAAUGCCAAACUAGGAGUCUCAGUAAAAAAGCCACAGAAGAAGUGGAGAAAAGUGAAAUUGGAUGAGCUCAAAAUGUACCGCCGGAGGACGAGAAAGAAGAUGGAAUCACCGGACCCUGAAGUCAGGAUUCGGUGCAAGCUUGAAAAGGCAAAAAGAAAAGAAGAGUGGCUGAUCGAGAAGCUGAGUAAAUAUGAAAUUCCAAAAGCUCCAUUGCCAGUACAUGCUCCUGAAAUCCUCACUGAUGAAGAGAAAUUUUAUCUAAAACGCACAAGCGAGAAGAAGGAGAAUUAUGUGCCUGUCGGGAGGCGAGGCGUAUUUGGUGGUGUGGUCCUAAAUAUGCAUAUGCAUUGGAAGAAGCAUGAGACAGUGAAAGUAGUUUGCAAGCCUUGUAGACCAGGCCAGAUUAAUGAAUAUGCCGAAGAACUCGAGAGGCUCAGCCAGGGAACGGUGAUCGAUAUUAAGGCCAACAACAACACUAUCAUAUUUUACAGGGGGAAGAACUAUGUUCGACCCGAUAUAAUGUCACCUCCUGAUACACUUUCUAAGCCAGAGGCAUUGGAGAAAUAUAGAUUUGAGCAAUCUCUUGAGGGCACUAGUCAAGUUAUUGAAAAGCUAGAACAGGACUUAGAAGAGUACCACAAGUAUGUUGCAUUGCACAAGAAGAAUAAAGAUAUCUCUACCGAAGAAACAGCCAAUGAAGAAUGUAAUGCUGACAGUGUAUAAACAUUAUUCAACUGAAUUGUUGGCUGCUUUUUUUGGUGUGGAAACUGCUGAUUUGGAAGUUCAAUUCAACUCAUUACAUUUAAAUAUAAAAUAAAUCUAUAAUUUCUAAACUUAAA